GUAGCCAUGUUCGAAGGCGUAGUGGCCGGGUUCCUGAACCGGCUGCUGGGCAAGUACGUGGAAGACCUCAACACCGAGGACCUCAAUGUGGGCAUCUUCUCGGGGAGCGUGUUGCUCACUGACCUGAAGUUGAAGCCUGAGGCGCUGUUCGAGCUAGACCUACCAAUCGACGUCAAAAUCGGCACAGUCGGCCGGAUCUCCAUCCAGAUACCAUGGAGCUCUCUUCAGCGCGCGCCAGUCUCAGUGGUGGUGGAAGACGUGCUGCUGCUGGUGGCGCCCUCUGUGUCCAACACCGGCUUCGACCGCGAGCGGGAGAAGCGCCUGUGCCGCGCCCGGGGCAGGAGGAGGCUGCGCGCGCCCGCCGACGAUGCAGAGAUCCUCAGCGGUCCCGAAGACAUCGUAGAAAGCCUGUACACGGCUAUGGUGAACAACUUACAAGUGUACAUCCGCAAUGUGCACAUCCGAUAUGAAGACACCGUGAGCUCGCGCGACGGCCCGCUCGCUUGCGGGCUGUGCUUGCAGAGCAUCUCUAUUGAGACUACUAAUAGCAAAUGGAAGCCGUCAGUCUCCACCGCGGGAACCUCUCCCAUCUACCAACUAGUCCGCAUCACCGCCCUGAGCGUGUACUGGGCGUGUGGAGCCAGCACCCUCGACGAGCAGCAGGUCACGAACAUCUCCCCCGUGCAGUACUACAACUGGAAGCACUACAUGCUGAGUGUGCUGCGGGCCGACCCCGCGCCCGCCGCCGUGGUGGACCCGUUCUCGUGCAAGAUCAAAGUGAUACUGAACCGCUCGGGCGAGCCGCGCGUGCCCAAGCUACUUGUGGACGCGCUAGUACAGGACUUCAACUUCCACUUGUCUCGCCGACAGUACCUGUCUAUGGACAACCUUAUAUCGUCUAUAAAGAGGAUGGAUAUUAAUAGACAAUACCGCCACCUCCACCCUGGCGUCCCACUAUCCCAAUCCGUAAAAAAAUGGUGGUUAUACGCUUACAACGCAGUCUUAGAACAACGCGUGCGCCCGUACACCUGGCAAGCCAUCAAGACUCACAGACAGAACUACCUCAAGUACAAACAGACGUAUAUGAGUGUUCUAAACAGUCCUCACGAUACUGAGUUGAAGUUGGAUCUGCAGCAGUGCCAGGAUUGUCUGCCGGUUAUCAGUGUUCUGAUUGCGCGCGAGCACGCUAAGAUUCAGCUGCAUGCAAAAGAAUCGAGUUUAGUAGAAAUUCAAGAGAGCGAUUCUGAUUGGUGGAAGCCGUGGACUGACAAAAGCUCUGAUGGAGAAGAGUCUAAGGCCCAGCUAAUAGCCAAGAACGAGAAGCAGAAGUCCCUCUGGAGCCACCUGUCCAGCCCCGAGAAGAAGAAGGUCUGCGAGCUGAUCGGCUACGUGGAGGGUGCGCCGAGGCAGGACAAGCCUAAACAGUAUAUUGAGCACAAAAUAAACUUAACGUUGGCGAACAGUUCCAUAACGCUACUGAACCGGGACAAGGAAAUAUUCGCGCUGACGUUGACGCAGUUCCUCGUGUCACUCGAAACUAGACCUUCCGCCAAAUCUUAUAAGCUAUCCUGCCGAGCCGAGAGCAUAGUAGCGGAAGGGCUGGGUCCAGACGACGCCCUCAUCCCUCUACUGCUGCCGGCCAAGUUGACCUCCCCCAGUACUUCUGUCAACUUCCUGUCACUGGACUUCGAGAGGAACCCGGUGAAUAAUGAGGCGGAUUACGGGGUUCAGCUGCUGGUUGAACCGGCUGACUUUUGUUAUAAUGAGCACGCGAUCCAAGAGCUAAUCAACCUGUUCCAAAUCCGCCCCUCGUGGUCCCCGGUGGCGCUGGGCGGCGCCCUCCGCCGCGGGGCGCGCGCCGCCGCCCGCGCGCUGCACCUGCACGCGCACGUCAAGGGAGCCUCCGUGGCGCUGCACCAGGGACAUGACAAGCCCGGCCGCAUAAUAGUGCUGGACAUCGACCGCGUCCUGAUCAAGUCCGACCUGCAGCCGUCCAACUUAGCUCUGGAGGACGCCACCUGCAUGGAGCUGGAGGAGAAGCUGUACGACAGACUGCACGCGGAGUGCACGUUCCAGAUAUUAUUCUGCGACAGCAGCGACCCCUGGCGGGAGGCGCGCAAGAGCGCGGACUCGGAGCUACACCUCGUGCCGAAGACCAAGAUACAGGUCGUCUUCUCCAAUAGCACCAAGAAAGACUAUAAGCUGUUGCCACGAUACAAACUGAAUGUGUCAAUAACGAGUCUGAAACUGAACCUAUCGGACCGCAUCAUAGGUCUCCUCCUAGACUUCCUAGACAACCUGCCCAUCCCGGUGCCUAACACAGUGGCGGUGUCGUUCCUGGACUCGGGAGAUUUCAUGGAUGACCUGGAGGACCCUGAGCUGGUGGAGAGGCUGAAGAUGGACAGGAUCCAGCCGGACCCGUCGUGUAAGGAACUGAUGAGGUUGCGUCAGAAGAUCGUCGCCGCUUAUUUGGGAAGGACUAGAGCAUCAGAACAGCCCAUAGACAAGGAGCUAGCGAAGGAGUCGUUCCAAGCGGCAACCUCUACUGUCUUCGUAUCCACCGAGCACAGUGACUCAGAGAUGGAGGUGUACGCCCGGUCUAUAGACCUUCCCGGGUUCGAUGAUAACGUGUCGCCGUCUAAUCACAUUGACAUGCUCAUGAGAUUUGUUGUGGGUGAGAUCCAAAUCAACCUAGCCCGCUCCUCAGAAGACUCAGACCGUGCGUACAUGCAGCUCCGCGUGGAGCACACGAGUGUGGAAUGUGCCGACAUGACUUUCGGUCCUGCCCUGCAGUUCAGCGCCGCUCGAGUGUCGCUGUUUGACGCCUCGCAUCAGUUGAUGUUGCUUGACACGAAGGAGCAUUGUUUGCAUAUGCUGUAUAGAAAGGUCCGCGCAGACUGCCCGGACUUCCGCAGUCACUUCCACAGCGUGGAGCAGUCGCUGGUGCUGGACCUCGGAGACAUCUCUCUGGAGCUGCACUCGGGCGCGCUGCACACCAUGCUCAAGUAUCUGCAGUAUAUUUAUGACAAGAUCCAGCAACGCCAUGCCAUCUACCCCAAGAAGAUAGUUUCGAAAGCGCGCGACCUGUGGAAUGAAGUGAUGAAACCGGAGCUUGACCCGCCCGUGCCCACUGGGGCCACCAAGUUCAGCUAUUCAUUCAGAGCAUCUCAACUCAAAGCGCACAUAACCCUAGACGCGUGGUCGCUAACAAUACGCAUCGGCGGCGUCCAAUCGGAGCUCAUCUUCCGAGCUAAUGACCGUAUGCUGCUGAAGCUGUUCGUGCUGACGCUACACGCUGACGUGCAGGACGAGCCGACGCUGUAUCCUGCGCUGAUGUGGCCAGACGAAGACAAAGUGCUAGAGAUGAAGCUGGUGCUAGCGGCGCCGCGGCUAUACGGCUCGCAAUGUGAGAAGGCCGAUGGUGAACUUCGACUACACGUUGGUCGGAUGCAUGUCGUGGUGUUCCAUAGUGUGUUGUCGAGGCUGCAGCAAUUCCUCGACCCGCUGAUCCCGCCCUCCAUGGCGUAUGAAGCGAUGCAGUCUGUGGAGCAACACUUCCAGAAACAUCUACAGGUGUUCCGGACCAGCCAAGCGAGACUCAACUUGGUUAUAGAGAUCCAUGCUCCAAUACUUCUUCUGCCCCAGAAGCCUUCUUCACCUACCUUACUCGUUCUUAAUAUGGGUGACCUUCAAAUCGAGAACUUCUUCAAGCGGGUGAAGACCACUGGCUCUCCAUCGUCAGCUCCGGUCGUGGACAACAUCCUAGUGAAGUGGACGGAGAUCACGCUGAGUCGCGCCAUCAUGACCCUGGCUGGCACUUUGGAGUUGCAGGCGCCAAUCCUGGAGCCCAUAUCAGCGCGGUGUGACCUCAAGCGCUACAUCGGAGGCGGCGGCGGCGGCGGCUCGCUGUGGUUGGACGCGGCGGCCAGUGUGGACUGCGUCAGUGCCAACUUGGCCCAGUUGGACUUAGCCGCGCUGUACUGCAUCACUAGUACGAGUUCUAUACCUAGCAUCGUCCCGAGUUCCCCCGUGGAAACUCAGGCCAGUGACGUCGCAGUGAAGAAACUUCAAGAGUUCUUCGCUCAAGGGGAGCCAAUUAAGAAAGAGGCUGUUUUCAGGUGCACUUUAGAAGGAUUUGAAUUGAAAUUAUUUACCGACAUGGAUGAAGUUCUAAGUUCUCCUGUACGCGAUCCAAGCCAUGGACUAGCCAAGCUAACGGCGGGAGAGAUGUCAGUCCACAUCGACUGGUACUCUGACAAGAGCAGCGAGUUGAAGGCCAGUCUGCAGAGCUUACUCAUUGAAGAUAUACAGCCCACGGCACUACCGGAACAUAGGAGAAUCCUCUCCGACAUCCCCCGCUCGGCCCCCGCCGGGGUCACCAUCGUGCGGCCGGCCCUAAUCGACGUGAGCGUGCGUCGCGCCCGCAGCGGCGUGGCCGUGGACGCGCGGGCCGACCGCCUGCGCCUGGCCGCCGCGCCCGCGCUGCCCGCCAUCUUGAGGGCACUCGCCGCCGCGCUGCCAGGCGAGAAGCGUCUAGAGGGCGGCGUGGUGAACCACGGCUACGUCGGCGACGCGCACCCACAGCGACACUCGCGCGCGCCCAGCUGUAGCGAGACCAGUGGGUACUACUCCACCGCAUCCCAACCAGAAGACGCGCCGAGCCUCUCCAUCUCCAUCCAGUUCCGUCAGCCAGAGAUCGUCUUCUUCACUCACCCGGCCAAGUGCAGUCACGAGCUGCUACUGAGGUCCGAGGUCAUCGUCGACUACUCCUCGCAUUCACACACGGAGAACCUGGUGGUGUCCCUGGCUGGGCUGCAGAUGGUGUCCAAGAUUAAUUCGAAGCUGACGAAAGUGCCACCGCAGGUUGUUUUGAGGCCCUGUGACGUGGAGUUUUCCAAAAGUUUCAAGAACUUGGAGGAAGGGAUCAGAAUUAACUUUUCAGUGUCAGAAAUCAACUUGAAUCUCUCUCCUAGUACCAUCCAUACGAUCACUGACAUAAUAGACGACGUGACGACGGAACUAACUCUCCCUGAAGAGAAGGAGCCGUUCAAGUUCACCGGCUGCGAGGGGCGCCCCAAGGCUGAUGAAGACCUGUGGGCGCCCAGGAAGGUCACCCCUGCCGUGUACCUGGACGAUGUGGGGUAUAGCGAUAUAGUUCCAGUGGCCGGCCCUCCUGAAAGUUUCAACAUGAACAUACCGAGUGUGCGCAUAGUCUUCAAUCUACAACAAGACGUGUUGGUUCCAGUUUUGGUCGUCAAGUUAUCAACAUCAGUAGCCCUGACCUCGUGGGGGCGCGGCGUGGCGCGCGUGUGCGUGUGCGCGCACGGCACGCACGGCGAGGCGCUGCUGGAGCGCACGCAAGCCACGCUCACUAUUACGCAGGACAAAGCGUACCCGAUGUCUUCAAAGCUAAUCAUAACGCCACCGAACACUGAAACUGAAACUAAAGAAGAAACAAAGCGACACAAGAGGAAGUCUAGAUUCGAACCCGAGACCUCGGCCGAAGAAGACACAGACAACGAAAUGAUGUUCAUGGGUCCACCUAAUGCGGAUGAGAAUAAGGGCUGUAAUGAUUUGAAUUUGUCUUUCCUGAGUGCGUUGGAUGAAGAUGACUCUGAUUCGGAUAAUGACAGUGGAGUUAUGGAUAAGCUUGUCAAUGCUAUUGGACAUUUGUUUACUGAUGACUCAAGCGACGAAGAAGACGUGUCUUCAGCGGCGGCCAGCGAAGCGGAGAUGAUACCCAACGAGCUAGACGGAGAUAAGGCUGUCUCUUUCACUGACGCUGAAGCCAAGGGCAAGAGGGAGGGAGAACACAAGACUGUCACUUUGCAGGAGCCCGAACGAGAAGACAGUAUGGACUCUGGUUUGGACACUGAAGCUUUCAUGGAGAAGAUGUGCACGUACUUUAUCUUGGAAAGCGAAUCCGACAUAAAGUUCACACUAACACCUUCGCUAUGUAACGUGUUGAAUUCUCUCAUGGCUCAAUUUACUGACAAGACACGCUCCCCCGCGCCGCCCGCGCCUCCUCCGCCGCUACUCAACUUUAUUGGCCCUGGCUCCACAGUGCACCUCAUCACUCGCUCGGAGACAGAUCUGGCCGGACACGACCGCACGCUCGCCGUCGCCGACUACGACGCGGGGGACAGCCGGCCUAGCACUCCAGACUGCGACACGUCAUCAGCGGACAUGCUAGACGAGCUCGAGGUGAAAAUGCCGGGAAUACCGGAGAUAGUGGCCGACGGGGACGAGGAGGCCGACUGUUUUGAAGCAGCGUUUAGGGACAACACGCCAAUCCGAUCACCACAACUUGUUCCGGAGUCUACACAAGAAUUGUACGCUCGAAUAACAGAUCAGAGGCUGAGUAUCCGCGUGCACGAUUUGGAUGAACUCACGGUGCUGUGCCCCCAGAAGUCGGUUCAGAAGCUGCACGUGCUGCACCCGAGCAGGAACGGAACCCGGUACUACGUGGUCGUGGAGCGCAAGGCUGGGCUCAACCGCAACACCAUCGUGGUUCGAUCGCCGCUACAGAUCCGCAACGAGACCUCCUACCCACUAGAGCUCUACUACCGCAAGCGCGACCUGCAAGCGCUCGGAGUGGAGGUCAUAGGUUCCAUCCUGAACCCCUUCGAGGGCCUACUACGGGUGGGCACGGUGGCGCCGGCCGACACGUAUACGGUGCCGCUGUAUAUUGCCUACCAUUCUACCCUGCUGCUGAAGCCUACGCAUCCGCAGAACUACCAAACCGCAUCGCAAGGCAUCUGGUGGAUGGACCUGGCCAACGACCUCGGCACCCCGCGCGACCUCAUCUGUCCCGCCAAGGAAGAGGGAGAUAGCAGUAUAUUUGCCAUGAGGGUGGUGGCUACUGAAGGAGUAAACUCGCCCAAAUCAACACGCGCAAUACCGAACUACCUUAUCCGAGUGCUACCCCCAUUAGCUAUUUACAACCGUCUAACCUACGCACUAGAGCUCAGUAUCGAGGCCCUCUCGUUCAGAGUUCGUAUAGAAGCCGGGGAGCGAGUCUACAGUCACAUCAUCAACUUGCUGACGACGCAUGUGGUUAAUGUGGAGAUACAUAACCAGGGGCAGCUGUGGACUGGGAGCUUUAAGAUGAAGCCUACCAUGACGGACAAACGUAUAACCCUACUCACGGACAGCGAGGGCGAGGGCGGCAACAAGCAGCUGCACGUGAGCGCGGCUCUGAGCCGGGCCGACUGUACCCGUCUGUGUCUCUACGCGCCCUACUGGCUCAUCAACAAGACCGGCGCGCCCAUGCAGCUCAAGGUACGUGUGUGUGUGUGGGAUCGAACCUGGGACUCUCGGCUCACAGUGAGCGACUGCACGCGUCUGUGUCUCUACGCGCCCUACUGGCUCAUCAACAAGACCGGCGCGCCCAUGCAGCUCAAGGUACGUGUGUGUGUGUGGGAUCGAACUUGGGACUCUCGGCUCACAGUGAGCGACUGUACGCGCCUGUGUCUCUACGCGCCCUACUGGCUCAUCAACAAGACCGGCGCGCCCAUGCAGCUCAAGGUACGUGUGUGUGUGUGGGAUCGAACCUGGGACUCUCGGCUCACAGUGAGCGACUGCACGCGUCUGUGUCUCUACGCGCCCUACUGGCUCAUCAACAAGACCGGCGCGCCCAUGCAGCUCAAGGUACGUGUGUGUGUGUGGGAUCGAACCUGGGACUCUCGGCUCACAGUGAGCGACUGCACCCGGCUGUGUCUCUACGCGCCCUACUGGCUCAUCAACAAGACCGGCGCGCCCAUGCAGCUCAAGGUGUGCCGCUCCGACACAAUCUACAAACUCACCACUCCCGGAGUGGUCACUGCCCGGGGCGGGGACCGCUUCAAGGUGUCUCUGGGCGGCGGCUGGGCGCGCUCGUUCCCGCCCCGCGCUGCGCCGCCCGCCGCCCUGCGCGCCGCGCCGCCCGCGCCCACCACCACACUGUGUCAGAUCACCCUAUCCGAACUCUGCCCGCAACUGACAAAAAUCGUGACCUUCCUACCACUGUACAUCGUGUACAACGACACGAAGCGCCAUUUACGUUUCAUGGAGGAGAACGAAGCGGCGGACCUGUGGCUAGACUUGGCCCCGCAGCAGUGUACGGCGUUUUACCCGCAGACUACAAGUAUGAUGAUGCACUGCAAGUAUCGGGACUCGAGGCUCGUGUCGGCGCACUUCCCGAUCAAUGUGAAUCAUACAACUGUGUUGAGGAUGGAUAAAGGGUCAGCAAUAGUGGUGCAGAACACGGGCGGCGUGGACCGUCCGUUCGUGAUCACCUUCAAGCCGUUCACCGAGGGAGACGCGCCCGUGAAGGUCGUCAACCUCUGCGACGACCUGUUCCUCAAGCUGCAUCAGAUACAUUCAGGUCAAGUGGCCCUGCUCAGUCCGUACCAGUCGAUGCUGUACACGUGGGAUGACCCCAGCAAGGAGAGAGCUCUAGUGUGGAACAUAUACAAUAAUAAGGGCAAAGGAUUCGUCGCCGAUUUCAGUAAAGACGGUUUCGGUGAAGAGAAAGUGAGUUUCCACUCAGUGAAGCACACAACUCUCGUAGCCACCAACAGCGUCACCUCCAAACUGUCCUCCACACUGAAGAGAUUGACGCCCAAAUCUCCUUCCCCUAACUCCUCAAGUAGCGACGACUCAGACAGCUCAGAUCUUCCAGAAGUCCGCACUAAAAAGAUGAGGAAAGACAAAGUCAUCGUCUUCUGGAUAUCAUACCGAGAAGGAUACCAAAGAGUUUUCGCUUUAACUCAAGAUGAACGCAUAGCUUCGCAGUAUAGAAUGAGAAUCACACCAGAAAAGAGCAGCUAUGAGUUUAUAAUGUCUGUUCCUAACAUAUCACUAUCGGCCUGUGUACAAACCAAGAAUGAUGUUAAAGAACUAGCGUAUAUCAGCAUCACAGACUCUCUACCCAGUUGGGAAGUCCACGUUUCACACAAAUGGAAGGAAUUAUCCCCAGAUUUAACCGCCUGGAUCGAAGACAAAUACCAGACGGAGCAAAAGAAAUGCCAGUUGAAAGACUACAUUCAUAUUGAUCUCGAAAAAAUGCAAAUGACAAAGCCUUUCUUCUCGGAGUUACGACGGACGUAUAAUCCAGGAAUUUGGCUGCAAUUGCGCAAGUCGGAAACCCACACGUAUCUAAACUUGAAGAUACAUAGACUGCAAGUGGACAAUCAAUUGAAUGACGCCAUUUUCCCAUGCGUUUUAUACCCGGCUCCGGUACCGCCGCAUUUGAAAAAACCCACUUACAAUCCUUCGUUAGAGCUGUCGUUCUUAAAACAAUACAAGUAUGAUAUCAACCAAGAAGUCUACAAGCAUUUCAAGGUGUUCAUUGAGGAGCAUUGCUUGAAGUUAGACAGGGGUUUUGUCAACUAUGUAUUCGAUAUUCUGAACCAUUGGAAGGUGGAAGAGAAACCAGCGGUUCGAUUGAGGGCUGACCUCGCAUCUGUACAUAUGCCGCUACUGCUUAUAGCUAUGAAGAGUCAAUUUUACGGGCCUAAAGACGUGGUUUUCGAGAAUGUGUAUAUGUCCCCUGUCAAAUUGUCAGUUAGUUUGUCGUCGCGGGGCUAUUCUGCUGAGAGUCCUAAUCCCAGGAGUUCUUGGCUGUCGAGUAAACAUGAGAAUAGACCUCGUCUGUUCAACAGUGACCUGUUGGAGCAUCUGUUCAGCUCGUGGGGAGCUUCUUUAGGCGAUAUGAAGGAUGUCGAGAUUGUAAUACCAGCCUACACAACCCACAACGUAGCAUUACCCCUACGCCGUCUACUAGAGCAGUGGCGUCUACACGGCUACCCGCCGCUGCUGCAACAGAUCUACGUCAAGAUACUAGCGCUACAGAUUCUUGUGAACCGACGGACCGAUACGGAUGCCAAUGGAACUUGUACUGAGGAGCUAACUGGUGGACAGAUCGACGUAUCAAAAUUACUGGGGCGAGGCUUAAAUUCCCACCGGGCAGCAUGUCAAGCUGAGGUGACGACCGAGGCAAUCCCAGCGUCGGUAUUGGAAGCUAGUCGCAGCCACCCCGCAUACAUCGUGCUGGCGUUGAGUGGACUCAUCGCUAAACCUAACCUUGAUGAAGAAGCCGCGUAUAUCAGAAAUCUCUGCCGCUCCGCCGCCCGUGCGCCGCUGACCCGCCAACUGGGCUCGGUGUGCUGCGUGCUGCGCUGUCUACAACGCAGGGUGGAGGCGCGCCGCCGCCUGCCGAGACACUGCACCGCGCCCGAGGGUUUCCCGUGCUACUGCUACCACAGCGGCGUAGGCCAGCAGUUGUUCCUGCAGCUGUCCCGCGGCCACUUCGCCGACUCGGGCUGCUAUCUCGCGCACGCUGCACUGCCGCGCCAGUCGCACGUCGCUGUACUAGUCAGCACUAGACACGUGUUCCUAGUCCGCGCGGGCGUCAACUACUCGUGGCACAUCGAGUGGGCGGUCAAGCUGGACGACUUGCUGGGCGUGCCCGAUAUACAGGGGGACAAACUCGUGUUGCAGAUUAAACAGGACGAACUAGUAAACUACUAUUCGACGGAUGAGAAGAUCAUCGAAGUGCAAGACCCCGAGGUGCUGACGUGGAUCCAGGCUCGCGUGGAGUGUGCGCUUAUACUAGCCAUGGAAGACAAGCGGUGCCCCACACAGUUCUAAAUUUAUCACAUCACAUUUCACGUUUAUUUUCCCCUUUGGCUAGGCGUUUUGGCUUUAUACCCGUACAGAUUCCAACUUGCGCUGUAACACAUGAAUCACUUGGCGUUUUAUACCGUUUAUGUAUACCGACUAGGUACAACCUAAUAGGAGAAAGAGAAACACAAAGCUCGUCAUUCCAGGUUUAUUACCAACAAUAUCCAUGACGAUCAAAAUUGCGUUUAGUUUGGGUGGUCAGACAUAUAUUAUUUACAAAUAGCAUAAUAUGUUGGAAUAACACGUAGACCCGAAUCUAUUCUAAAAUCGCAUAAAUUAUUAUUUUAAUAUUUUUUAGUACUAUGUAGGUACUUACUCGUUAUUAUUGGAGAAAGUAUAGGUACAUAAUUAUAAUGGAGAAAACUAUUGAUCUCUGUCUAGUCAUGUUUGUUUAAAAUAUUGCUAUAAAAGGCAUUAAGUAUAACUAUAUGUUAAAUUAUGAAAAAAGGUAAAAAUAUGUAUAUGCACACUGUUAAUACUUGACCAGAAAAAAAUAUGUCAUCAUCGUCAUGUAAAGAAUCUAAAUUAUGUUAUCAGGACAUAAGUUUUGGCUUUUUGAGCUAUGCCAUGCCCCGUCAAUAUGCACAAAGUAUAAAAUAUGAAAUUUAAUUAAACAAGAUUAAAUGUAUUUCUUCUGGUCUUGAUAUUGCUUAACUGUUUUAGUAGUUAAAAUGUCUAUAUUGUAUGUUAUAAAGUAUUUUGGUAAACAAAUGAAUAUAUUUAUAGAUUGACACAUAAUUAAGUACUCUAUUGUACAACAAUAUGUAACAACUGAGUGGGUGUCUUCAUGAAAACUGAAACCUGAUGUUCCAUUGGUCUAGAAACACACAAAUAUAUAGUUUUUUUAUCAGUCUAUGGCAUAACCAGCAUGACAUACAACUGAUUUAAGUUUGAUCAUUAUCGUUUAGCUUUGUCAUCUAAUGGUAGUAAGAUAUAAAUUUAUAUGAACUCUUAUUUAAAAUUUCCAGAGACAAUUUACAUUAUUAAUUCAGGAAAAUAUUAUCAACACAAAUACUUACUUACCAAUAUUUUCCACUCCAGUUGGUCAAUAAAACUCAGCCUAAUAUUUAUGUUCCUAAGCGUAAAAUUGCUAUGUAUGUAGGUGAUUAUGUUCCUAACUUUUGCUAAUUUAAUUUUAGUGAGACACUGAAAAAUAAUACAUUAUGUUCAUCCUUAGUAGCCAUGGCAGCUAAUCUGUUAAACAUUUGAGAACUUUCAUUUCAAUUUGAUUAUAGGUAUUUCUGUUAUAUAUUUGGUGUAAUAAAUGUUAAAAUGAAAAAGCCAAUCUCUUCAGCUUUUUGUGGUCACAACAUUUACAUAACAUGUGUAUGUUUACAUGUAAUAUUCAUAAGAUAACUGUACCUAUAACUUAAACUAGGUAUUUGAAGCGUAGCUUAAAUCGAAAAUGCAGUUUGUUAAAAUGUUUUAUAAAAAUACCAAAAAAAUAAACCACAAUAUAUUAUACUUCAUAAUGCUAAA